CGCGCGCCGCCGCGCCGCGCUCGCCGUCGCGCUCGCCGCCGCCCGCGGAGCCGACGCCGCUCGACAACCUGUUGGCCGUCGCGGAGCUGGAGUUCAACCAGCAGCGCGGCGAGGAGCUGGAGCUCGAGCUGCAGGCGAGCGCGGCCGCGCAGUACCCCUUCCUGCCCGACGAGGCGGUCGCGCGGGACGUCAUGUCGUUCGAGCUCGGCGAGCCGAAGCCGGACGAGCUGUUCUUCGACAGAAAGUCGCACGCGCCCGAGCGCGCGGGCGAGGACGACGCUUUCCAAAACGACAUGGUCGUGCACAAGGACCUGUUCGAGACCAUCAGCGAGGCCCAUUACUUGCCGGAGCUGGGCGGCCCCCACGACGAGGAGCUGCUGGAGUCCCUGGUGGAAAAGGGCUGCGAGGACAACCAGAUCCUCGGGCAGGCGCUCGAUAAGUUUACACAUUUAGUUCACGGCUCAGGGGAUUACGUGGAGGAGGAGGAGGACAUUCUGCUGAGUGGGGCGCCGGUCGCGGACAUUAUCGACAGACUGGAGCAGUCGCUGGAGUCCCCCGGCCGCAGCAGCAUCACCGCCGCCCAGGGACUCCUGCAUCUACAUCACAUAGGCGAUCAUCUCCCUCCUCCCUCGGAUCAUCAACAAUCUGUGGAACAAAAUUACAUAUCCGAUGAAGUGUUCGGUCAGGAACCGACGACGGAAUGUCCGAUGGACACGUUGAACGCCAGCACGGAGAUGCAGGGAAGCGACGAAGUGAACCACUUGGAGUACGAGGCGGACGCCGAGAAGAGGCUACAAAAUACCGUGGAGGCUACCGACAUUAUGUAUGCUGAACCUGUACCUGAACCUCAAAAGACUUACGACGAGAAAUCUUUUGUACAACAAGCGCAAGCGCUGCCCGAUCAAAGUGAAAUAGUUGUGCCAACCGAAACGCCAAACCAGUCAGUAGUGAGUGAUAUAACCUGUGAACAACCCGCGAAUAAAACGCAUCUGGAUCAUACACAAAUGUGCGACGACAACAUUCAGUCGUCCAUCAGGUCGGAGGUCGAGUUUCCCAAGGAGCUCGUGGAGACAACGAACACAGAGGAGUUCGCUCCGACAGAUUUGAGCAUAAAGCACGUAGAUACGAGUAUAAAGCAUGUGAGUAAUGUCGUUGCGACUGUGGCAGAAACAACGAAUCACACUGAGGAUAGUUUGUCAGAAAAGAGCGAUGACCAACCUAAAGAUUUGAGCGUGCACCGAAGGCUGCCCACCCCGCAUGCGUCGCCGAGAAGGAUAGACAUACCGCGGGCGCCCUCGCGCGAGUCGGAUGCGAUGCAGUCGCCUCAGCCGAGCGGCAUCCCCGCCGUGCCCUCCUCCCCGGAAAUAUUUACUAUGCCACUAACGAAGAGCAAACAGACACUGUUUUUAGAAACCCUCCUGUCGUCGCCCUCGCCAAAAAUGUAUACGUCCGAAGUUACUAUCACAAAACAACAGUGCGAACCGCUGAAUUUGGGUAAACACAGAAAAUCUGCGAGCCCCACUGUCUCCAGCUGCUCCGAUGAAAUCAGAAAGAUGACGAAAGAGUUCGGGGAGCCCCAAGAGAAGCGAAUCAAGAGGGAAUCGGCGGAAGAUUUAGCCAAAAUAAGUAAAGUGUUUAAUAAAUGCAGUGAGGAUAAAAACUCAGAUCCCAAGCACAAAAAGCCUGAGCCACCUGCUCCGAAGUUGAACGAGGACGCGAGUCCGCUGAAACAGUUGUUGGCUCUGAAACUCAGUCCCGACUUUAACAUUCCAGAUCCAUUAUUAGUUCCAAAAUAUAAACUUAACCAUAUCUUAGCGGCGCCUGCGAAAGAAAUCCCGGCAUUGCUAUUACAAAGGCCGGAACUACGGUUGCCCGAAGCGUUCGCGUAUCCGGCAUUGUUACAAGAUCCCGAUAUAAUCGUCAUAUCAUUAUCACAACUUGAAAAAAUUAUAGAAAACAAUGAAACUCCAAUCACAGCCACAGCAAAACCCAGAGAGACCCCGGCCGCCAAGCCCGCGCCGGCGAAGCCCGCGCCGAGCGCAGAACCCGCGACCUCCACGGCGCCGCAGCCCGACCAAACCAGCCAGCCCAAGCCCAUCCCGUCAAUGGACGCGUUAGCCGGCGAUAUCGACGCCGCCACGUCUGCCGCGCUCAACCAGAUGCUGUGGCUGCCCUAUCUCAGCCAGCUCGAAGCGAUGGCUGCCUGCUCGCAAAACAUGGAUUUCCUGAAAGCUCUAAAUUCCUCCGGAUACUCCGGUGCAAAUUAUCCCGACUUCUCCCAAAUGUUCGGCCAGACGGGUCGGUUUAUGGGCCCCACAGGGUUCCCUAUGAUGCCUCCGAUGGACUACGACAGUCGACUGCAAUUCGCGAUGUGGCAGGAGGCGAUGAAUCACGCCAACGCGACCGCGUCUCAAAGAUCGAAAAACGCCACCAUGGACGCCCAGAUGAAAGAUCUCGUGUCGAAGUCGAGCGACGUGCAGAACCCUUACGUGCAUUCCACUAAAAAUACUCAAAGCAAGUCGCACACGUCGGCUCGGACCAGCCCGAUAACGCCCAGCUACAAUAACAGUCAGCGAGCGAUGCCGCAUAAUCCGUUCCUUCAGGGGAUGUAUCCGGGCAUGAACCCGAAUAUUCGGCCGAACAUGCCUCUCCCGGGGCUCCAGAUACCGUAUUUCAAUCCGAACAUGAUGGGCAGCCAGCGUUCCCCGCGGACGCAGAAGAGUCCUACGUCGCCAUACUUCCCGAACAAUAACUACUUGCAGUCGGUGAAGCAAUCUGAGAGUCAGUCUCAUCAGAGAAGCAGCAGUGCUGGGUCGCAGGAGUCGCCGCGGCCGCGGAUAAGUGUGAAGUCGCUGCAUAAUCUGAUGGAGCCGGCGGCGGCGUCGGCGUCCGGCGUGGCUGGGAGGCGGCCGCCGAACCCGCCGCAAAUGGGCCGGCGGCGUGACGAGCCCGAGGUGGGCAGCACUACGCCGCUUGGGGAGCCGCCGCCGCACAUGCCGCCGCAUCCGCACGACCCAGCAUCCUACCACUUAUGGCAUCCGCUGUUUGGCAACCAAAAGGGGUACAACAGCCCAUGGAGUUGGACAACAGUGACCGCGACGGGCGACUGACCGCGGGCCCCGCGCGGGCCGGCGCCCGCGCACCCCCAGUAACGCGGGACGGGAGGGGGCGGGCGGGGGAGAGUGAGGGUGCCCAGUGGUUCCUAAACUGUAGGGUUGGACUUGAUACCCCUUAAUGAUAAUGCGCGGCAAACGUUAAUCGGCAGAUGUCGUUAUUUUUUUAAAUAGUUGAAUUUACGUGAUUGGUUGGCAUAAGUAUUCGGUUAUUUUUAAUCUAUUUUGUUUUAAGGAAAGCGUAGGUGUUCCUAUAUCAUAGAUUGGAAACUUUUUGUUCUAUCGAUACCUAAUUUUGUUACAAUUGGGUAUUAAGCCCUAAACUUUUGAUUUGAAUUAAUCCAGUAGUAAGUAGCGUAAAUUAGAAAAGACAAAAUAGUACCUUUUUUUUUAAUUAGUACCUACGCCAUUUGGACUAUUCAAAUAAGCUCUUAUGAAUUUAGUUUGCAAUUAAAAUAUUCAAAUAAGAACAAUCUAAGACCAGACAAAAUGUAACAACGAUACUUUUGGAAAAUAAUACGCUUACAAAAGUCAAUUUAGUUAUUUUAACAAAUUAUUUUCGUUAAAUUUGCGUGCCAUUAAAUUAGAGAGGGGUAGGUUUGUAACAGUUUGGGAACCACUGUCGUAGGGACUUGAUUUAUAGAAUCAAUGUCAUACCUUUCUCAUGUUUGACAAGACCGCCUAUAAGUCCGACAAUCGAAACAACUGCUGACGGCUCUAAUACACCGAUUUCAAUCUUACGCCAUUGGAAACAUAGUACAUUUUAAUAUGCAAUGAAGUCUUGUAGGUAGUGUAUAAAUUAUCGCCGAUCUCAAAAGUGACAGUUCUGAAAUCGCAAUGUUAAAAUUAAAUGAUUGUAUCUGUACAUAAUAACUUACAAGAUUGAAAUGUUUAUUAAUAAAGUACAUAGAUUGAAAUUGAUAUCGUUAGUAAGACUAAUGACAGCAAAGUAGUAACACUAGGUAAUCAAUUUGACUAGAAAGCAGUUAUCUUUGGGAAUGCAACGUCAUCGGUAGUGUACGUUAGAUUAUAUUACUUGCAUUAGUGCUCCUUCUUUCAUAGAGCAACGAUUCUGUUACUAAACCGAUGUCGAUGUGUUCCAAAAAGACGCCACAAAUUAGCUGUCCCAAUUAAUUUUACUUUCUCAC